UGUUCUCUGGGGUGGAAUUUGCCAAACUUCAAGAGAAGCCUGUGCCUGCUGGUUUGUGGUGCCAGCGCACUCCAGGGGCUGAUGCCAAUCCCCUCAUUCCUACUCCUCCCUACCACGGAGAGGGGCUGGGCUGACUGCAAACCCUCCCAGCCUUUGGGCCAUAUGUUCCUGUGGACAGCUGUGCUAUUCCUGGCUCCUGUUGCUGGGACACCUGCAGUCCUCCCGAAGGCUGUGGUGAAACUUGAGCCCCCGUGGAUCAACGUGCUCCAGGAGGAUGCCGUGACUCUGACGUGCUGGGGGCCCCAAGCCCCUGGGGACUACCCCACACAGUGGUUCUACAAUGGGAGCUCCCUUCCCACCCAGGCCCAGCCCAGCUACAGGUUUAAGGCCAUGAAAAAUGACAGCGGGGAGUACAGGUGCCAGACGGGCCAGACCAGCGUCAGUGACCCUGUGCAUCUGGAUGUGUUUUCUGAUUGGCUGCUGCUCCAGACCCCUCACCUGGAGUUCCAGGAGGGGGAAAGCAUCACGCUGAGGUGCCACAGCUGGAGGAACAAGCCUCUGACCCAAAUCUCAUUCUUUCAGAAUGGAAUAGCCAAGAAGUUUUCCCAUGCCAAUUCCAACUUCUCCAUCCCACAAGCAAACCACAGUCACAGUGGUGACUACUACUGCUCAGGAAUAAUAGGACGGACACCCUAUUCAUCCCAGGCUGUGGCCAUCGCUGUCCAAAGGCCCAAAGAGAGCAGCUCUCCGCUGACGGUGAUGAUUGUGGCUGUGGUUGCUGGAAUUGCUGUAGUGGCCAUUAUUGCUGCCAUAGCAGCCUUGACUUACCGUAAGAGAAAGCAGACUUCAGGAAACCCUGAGCACAGGGAAAUGGGAGAGACCCUCCCAGAGGACCCAGGUGAGUACCAUGUCCCCUUGGGGGAUACAGUGAUGUCCCACCCAGGGCUGCCAGAUGGCCUGGAGCCAGCAGGAAGUGGCUUGUGUGAGUUCAGCUGGGAGCUACUUAGGAGUCUAAGAGGAAAGGGAGAGGCCUAGGAAGAAACACAGAUUGCUGAGGAAUCUGUGUCUGUGGAGAGAGGGGGAGGGGUGGGCAGGCUCAGCCCUCCAUGGAACAUGAAGAGGACAUUUGGGCUUGAGAAACUUCUGGGGGACUAGGGGCACUAAUGGGCAAUGCCCUCCCACUCGUGUGGGUUUAUUGAAUUUUGGCCCGUUCUGCCACCAUCAGACCAUGAAAUCUUGAGCAUGGUGACUCCCAUAAGUCACCUCACUGAGGAAGUGAGUGGGUGGCCAGGAUGACCUCUCAGCCCUUCCAGGACUGACAUCCUGUUCAGGGGGAGUGUGUACAGGAGCAAGAGGAUUCCAGACACUUCCUGACUGUAGCUCAAGUCAGAGCACAAAGGAAACUGGAGCUUUCUCUGGGGGCUUCCAUGACAGUAGAAAGCAGCAGGAAAAAAGAGAAUUCACAGACUCCACCUCAGCUGGCUGGAGUAUGACUCAGAGCAGAGCCAACAGAUUUGAGAGCUUGAGCAAAAUAUCACCCACCCAGCUGUGCUUUGAGCAAGGUCUGCCUGUCCGGUGGCCAGGCCGGUGGGAUAUGGGCCCAUCCACACCUGAGCCAACUAGAUAGAAGACAGUCCAGACACAGCUGGAUCAUCCACCUGUAAGUGUGGUUCUGUCUACAGCGGUGUGAACACAUUUCCCAAGGCAUUUGGGCAGCCAGGUGCUGGGGCUGAUGGUUUCCUGAAAGGUGUAGCUAGGUUGCUGGGAUCACCAGGGGUUUUAUGAGAAGGGGAAUUCAGAAUGUAGUUUGUGGCCAGGUACUGUGGCUCAGGCCUGUAAUCCCAGCGCUCUGGGAGGCUGAGGUGGGUGAUUGCUUGAGCUCAGGGCUUCAAGACCAGCUUGAGCAAGAAGGAAACCCUGUCUCUAAAAAAAGGAAAGAAUGUGGUUUGUUGCAGAGCUUGGAGCAUGGCAAAUAAAGGCUGUUUGUGUCCAGGGGAUGAAAAAGAGACUAGAUGCAUUAUCUCAGACUCCAACCCAGCUUCCAAGAAUUGCCAGUUUUGAUACAGAGGCUGUUUUUCACAGCUAGUAGAAAUUUGGUGUGUUUUGAAUAUUUACCAGACUAAGUUCUUUUCUUUCUCUCUUUCUCUCUCUCUUUCU